AUGGGUAUCCCAAAAUUUUUCAGAUACAUCUCUGAGAGAUGGCCGAUGAUAUCGCAGCUAAUCGACGGGUCUCAAAUACCUGAGUUCGAUAAUCUGUAUUUGGACAUGAAUUCAAUUCUGCAUACGUGCACGCAUGCUAACGAUGACGACGUCACGAAGCGAAUGUCGGAAGAGGAGGUGUUUGCAAAGAUCUUUGCGUACAUUGACCAUUUGUUUCACACAAUAGGACCCAAGCACACUUUCUACAUGGCCAUCGAUGGUGUUGCCCCGCGUGCAAAAAUGAAUCAGCAACGUGCGCGUCGUUUUAGGACGGCCAUGGACGCCGAGAAAGCUUUACAGAAGGCAAUCGCAAACGGUGAAGAAAUUCCAAAGGGCGAGCCCUUUGACUCGAACUGUAUCACUCCCGGCACCGAGUUCAUGGCAAAGUUGACCCAGAAUCUGAAAUACUUCAUUCAUGACAAAGUUUCCAAUGAUUCGGCCUGGAGCUCAGCUAAAAUCAUCUUGUCUGGUCAUGAAGUUCCCGGUGAAGGUGAACAUAAAAUCAUGGAGCAUAUAAGACGCCUGAGAUCACAACCCGACUAUAACGCUAAUACGAGGCACUGUAUCUAUGGAUUAGAUGCGGAUUUGAUCAUGCUGGGUCUUUCUACACAUGACCCACACUUUGCUCUUCUUAGAGAAGAGGUCACCUUUGGUAGACGUCAAAAGUCUCAGCCUUUGGAGCACCAAAAUUUCUUUUUGCUUCAUAUCUCCCUUUUGAGGGAAUACCUGGAACUGGAAUUCAGUGAAGUUGCUGACGACUUGCAAUUCGAGUACGACUUUGAGAGAAUAUUGGACGACUUCAUUUUGGUGAUGUUCGUGAUUGGAAAUGACUUUUUACCCAAUCUUCCCGAUCUGCACUUGAAUAAAGGUGCUUUUCCAGUCCUGCUUCAAACGUUCAAAGAGGCUCUCAAACAUGUUGACGGCUAUAUAAACGAGCAAGGUACGAUCAACCUUUCUAGGUUCCAGGUAUGGCUGCAGUAUCUUGGCGAAUUUGAGCUUAUGAACUUUGAAAAGGAUGAUAUCGACGUUGAAUGGUUCAACAAACAGCUAGAAAAUAUCUCUCUUGAGGGAGAAAGGAAAAGAGCUCGUCUGGGUAAGAAGCUUCUGCUCAAGCAACAGAAAAAGAUUGUUGGUGCUAUAAAGCCUUGGCUGUUAAAGACCUCGGCUGCCCCAUUUGAUGCAAAAGCUCUCUCUGGCGACGAUAUACCCACAUUUCCCCUAGACAAAGAUGUUGUCGAGGACAAUCUGUCAUUUUUGAAGGAGCUAGCAUUUGACUUAGGAUUAUUUGUCGCUCAUUCUCAAUCGCAGGAUAAUUUUUAUCUGCAACUUGAUGUUGACGGCAUCAAUCCUCAUGAGUCUGAAGAAGAGCAUAAAGAUCGUGUGGCUGCCUUGAGAAAGCUCAUUAAGAAAUACGAGCAAGCCGUGCUUGUUGAAGACAGCGAGGAACUUGAAAAAGAGCAAAAACUCUACGGUGAAAGAUUCGAAAAUUGGAGAGAUCAAUACUACAAGGACAAAUUGGGUUUCAGUUACCACGAUGAGGACAAACUACGUGAGCUGACUGAAAACUAUGUGGAAGGACUUCAGUGGGUGCUUUACUAUUACUACCGUGGCUGUCCAUCAUGGUCUUGGUACUAUAAAUACCACUAUGCGCCCCGCAUUUCUGAUGUUCAGAAGGGUUUGAAUCUACUGAUCAAUUUUGAUAAGGGUACACCCUUCAAACCAUUCCAGCAAUUAAUGGCAGUACUACCGGAAAGAUCCAAGAACUUGAUCCCUGUUGCGUAUCGGCCCCUUAUGUAUGAUCCAAAGUCACCAAUCCGCGACUUUUAUCCAGAUGAAGUGGAGUUGGAUAAAAACGGCAAAACAGCAGAUUGGGAAGCUGUCGUUAAACUUUCGUUCGUGGACGAAAAAAGACUUAUUGACGCCAUGUCUACCAUGGAAAAUAAACUGACAGCAGAAGAACGCAACAGGAACAAAUUUGGAACUGACCUGGUUUUCAUCUAUAAUCCUCAGAUCGAUGACAUCUACAAGUCUCCUCUCAGCGGCUUUUUCUCCGAUAUUGAGCACAACCACUGUGCUGAGCGUGAAUACAUUCCACACUCUAUGGAUGGCCUUGAAUUACUAUAUGGUCUACCAGCAGGCGCAAAAUUAGGAGCCGAAGCGUUGGCUGGAUUCCCUACGCUAAAAACUCUCUCUUUUAACAGCAAGCUUGAUUAUAAUGGAUGCAUGGUUUUUCAACAGCCGUCAAAACAACAAUCCAUGUUGUUAACCAUAAAAGAUGCUUACAAUGAAAGCAACCUGACCCUUGACGAGUUUGCCAAAGCGCAUGUGGGUAAAGUGGUUUACACAAGGUGGCCCAAUCUGAGAGAGUCAAAAGUGCUAUCUGUGAGCGAUGGCAAAACCAUUUUUGAGCAAUCCAAAAACGGCAAACACAACUUUAUCGAGAGGAAGCUGGAUGAUGUUGAGCUCAGAUUGUUCAAUACGCAGCGAGCAGGGAUGCGCCGAAACUACUCUGUACAGAAGGGCGUGAUGCUUGAUGAUGUUCGCGCCAUUGUCCGUGUUAUCCCCGUAAAUGGAUUGACAAGAACUCCCGAUGGUGCUUACGUCAAAACGUUUUCCACAAUCGAAGAGUUUUAUCCAUUGCAGCUCGUUGUUGAAGAUGUUGAGAAUAAGGAUAAACGUUUUAUGGAAAGGACUCCCGUUCCUGUGAGUGAGGAAUUCCCCGAAGGCCUAAACGUCAUAUUUUUGGGAGACUAUGCUUACGGUGGAAAAGCCAUCGUGGACGGGUACAGUAGCAGUACCAGGUUGAAGCUGACUGUUGAGAAACACACCACCGACAAGGAACCGACUGUUGGUAAAGUAAGAGCUCAAUUGGACCAAAAAAUGAUACGUUACUAUCCGUCCUUUAUCGUUUCCAAGAAACUACAAAUUCAUCCAUUAUUUUUGUCAAGGAUCACUUCACGUUUCAUGGUUGGGGGAUUUGGGGAAAGACCAAUAAAUUUUGGAUUGGAAGUGAAAUUUGAAUCACGCCAUGAAAAGGUUUUGGGUUACGCUAGAAGGAAUCCGAAGGGUUGGGAGUACUCAGAUAUGACCAUGGCUCUUCUUUCAGAUUUCAAAAAGAAUUUCCCUGAGUUUUUCUUCAAGUUAUCGACUCAAGCCAAAGAAUCGCCAUCUUUCGAAAACAUGUACCCCGGUGCUAAACGUGAAGAGUUAAAAGGCGUUAUUGACAGCGUUCGCUCGUGGUUAAAAGAUGUGAAGCAAAAUUUCGUGACCGUCUCUUUCGAAAGUGACUCGCUAACCAAGGCUUCCAUGAUAGCUGUAGAAGAUGCGAUUGAGAAGUAUGUUGCUGUUCCUCCAAAGAUCAGCACAAAGCAAUUAGCGAAAGUUCCACGAGAGGCCAUUCUUGACCCUCAGGUAUCUCUCGCCAUGCUGCGUACUCAAAAAUUUGAUCUCGGUGACAGAGUGAUCUACAUUCAAGAUUCUGGUAAGGUACCACUAUUUUCGAAGGGUACUGUUGUGGGGUACACCACGAUUGGUCCAAAAUUGUCAGUGCAAAUUCUCUUUGACAAAGAGAUUGUUGCAGGAAACACUUUUGGAGGAAGGCUAAGAACGAAGCGUGGCUUAGGGUUAGACUCUUCCUUUUUACUCAAUUUGAGCAACAGACAGUUCAUUUACCAUUCCAAGGCUUCAAAAUCGGUCAAAGAAGCAUCGAAGAAGCCCCAGAAACCUGUCAGAGUUGCUCAAGCUACACCUGAUGCCACGACUGCUCGUCAGCAGGACGCAGCAACGAAAAAGCAGCAAGCCCAAGAACUGCUCAGUCAUAUAAAGGGCGCUGAAGCUGACUCCCAAGCUAAUGAGGAAAAGAGCGGUGCGACCCAUGACAAGUCUCAGGAAAAAAACAUUAACUUCAACGGAGACCAAGCGGAGUUAAAUGCGCCUACCGAUAGAGUCAUUGCCAGUAACAUUUACAAUGCCGUCUUUAAUCAGUUUACUGACGCCGCGCCUAUGCCGGGCCCUAACCCGUUCCCACAUGGUGCCCCCUACGAAGGACAGCCUUUAAAUGCGGUACCACCUCACUUGGUUGGCCACCUUCCACCACCCCCACCUAUGGGUUACUAUCCUCCUCAAGGCCCGAUUCAUCCUAUGGUGCAUCCGUCGGCUGGACACUUUGUUCAACCAUUUCAGGUUCCGGUAAGUGUACCUGUUGCCAACGGAAGUGGUACAGUUGAAGAGAACAAUGGAAACCACAUUGAAAACAUCGCGCCGACGGAAAAUGGCACGCAACGCGGUAACGCAGAUGAACAUACAGGUCAUUCCUCACCUGGCGGUCGUGGAAAUGGAGGUAGAGGGGGCUCCAGAGGUUCAAGAGGAAGCUUCAGAGGUCGCGGUCGUGGUCGUGGACGUGGUAGAGGUAGGGGACGUCCUACAGGUGGUGAUAUCUCUAAUCGCUCUGCGUGA